CGCAGCUGUUUGCCGCUGUCACAACGAAGUCGUCAAAAGUGUAGAUAAUGACUAGAUGUGAUGGUGGGGUCAUGGCAAUGAGCUGCAUCCACUCACACUAGAAAUGUGUGAUCUUAGAGAAUAUGGUGAUAAGACAGAGUUAAAAACUUGUUAAGCAGAUUUGCUCUCCAACACCAGAUCGUUCACUUUUGACAAUGUGCACUGCUGUCCUGCUUUUUUAUUUUCACUUACCUGGUGCACAACAUGAUUGAGUUGAAUGUCCUCCUGAUCUGAAGGAGCAGGAGGACAUCCCGUCCAUCUCAAAGGUUGGUGAGGUAAUUCGAUCGAGUUUAAUUUUCGUCUCUUUAUCCCGGCGACCGGAGUAAAAUAUGAAGGAGGCGCCGCCGCCGGCCACUGGCCAGUCUAGUAAGCAGAGAGGGUGGCCGUAGUGCCGCUGUCAUUUGGCGUGCACACGAGGAAAAAGCAUAUAUUGGCAUCAAGGAAAAGUUAAGUCCAAUCCAAUUCGAUACCCUCUUCAGUUCAGCUGCUUUGCUUUGUCAAAUAAUCUACUCCUCCAUGGAAAAGGAAAAGAAGCUGCUUUGCUUUGCUUUGCUUGCUCCAUCGAUGGGAAUGGGAUGCUUUGCUUUGCUUGCUUCUCUCCACCUAAUGCUUUACCCACCUCCGGCUGCCAACGAGUACCCGGUGGCAUUACUUCCCAAAUCCCAAUCCCUCCAGGCUCCAGCUCUUCCCCAGCACCGCCAUCGCCCCGGUCGCCGCUGCCGUCCGCUGAUAUUUGUCACCACCGACUGCUGUGCCGUGCAGUGCAUCCCAUCAUUCUCAAAGGUUGGUGAGGUUGUGCUGUCCUUGAGCAAGUUGACCAAUGGCGAUGGUGUUGGAUGCUUUUGCAUCCUACAUCGGGGACUACCUCAAGCAGGUGGUACAGGAUGAGCUCGGAACGAUGUUGGGCGUCUCCGGAGAGAUCAACAAGUUGGGCGACAAGCUCCUGGACCUCAAGAACUUCCUCGCCGACGCAGAUAAGAGGAACAUCACCGACGAGACUGUCAAAGUCUGGGUGGGUCAGCUCAAGCGCACCAUGUACGAAGCUGCUGACAUCCUCGACCUCUGCCAGCUCAAGGCCAUGGAGAAGCGUGGGCCAUCCUCUGUAGAAGCAGGGUGUUGCAAUCCCUUGCUCUUCUGCUUGCGGAACCUCUUCCACGCUCGUGAGAUCGGCACCCGCAUCAAGGCGCUCAACCAGAGGCUUGAUAACAUCAAGCAGCGCAGCGCUGCUUUCAACUUCAUCAAUCUUGGGUCCUAUGAGGAUUGUCAUAGCAGCAAUGCCCAUGCCUCUUGUCAGGGUAAUCCUAGCCGGGAGACGGUAGGGGACUUUGACCGGUCAGCUGUGGUUGGAGACAAGAUUGAAGAAGAUACAAAAGCACUAGUGGCUCUGAUUAUGCGAAAGGGAAAGGAGGUCAAUGAUGACAUCAUGGUGUUCGCCAUCGUAGGUGUCGGCGGGGUUGGCAAGACCACUCUCGCCCAGAAGGUCUUCAAUGACGAGGCAAUCCAGGGCGGGUUCAUCAAAAAGAUAUGGUUGAGCGUCAACCAAAACUUCAGUGAGGUUGAGUUGCUUAAAAGAACCAUCAUCGGUGCCGAUGGAAACGCCCAACUAGCUGGAAAUGCAAAGGACGCGCUUCACCGAGCCCUAAUGCAGGCCUUGAAGGACCACAAGACCUUCCUGGUAAUGGAUGAUGUGUGGGACAAAGGAGCUUGGGAGGGUGUGCUAAAAAUACCCUUUGCCAAUGCUGCUGCUUCAGGCAGCCGUGUCCUCAUCACAACUAGAGAAGGACGCGUUGCCCAAGGGGUGACAGCUAUACAGCCCUACCACCACGUCGACACAUUAGCACCCGAUGACGCUUGGUCAUUGCUCAAGAAGCAGGUACGCUCAAGUGAGAUAGAUGAAGACCACAUCAAUACGCUAAUGGAUAUCGGACUGAAAAUUAUACAGAAAUGUGGUUGUUUACCACUUGCUGUUAAAGUAAUGGGAGGACUCUUGCGUGAAAGAGGGGGGCUCCGGCGUGACUGGCAGCAGGUUUUGGAUGAUUCUAAAUGGUCAACAACUAAAAUGCCCGAUGAGCUCGACCACACAGUAUACAUAAGCUAUGAAUAUAUGCCUUCUUACCUGAAGCAAUGCUUUCUGUACUACUCUCUUCUCCCUAAAAGUAGAAAUUUUACUAUAGAUGAAGUUGUUGAAAUGUGGAUUAGUGAAGGAUUUAUUCACGGAAAUUCUAAUGAUUUAGAAGAAUUGGGAAAAAAAUACUACAAGGAUUUGGUAUCUAGGAACCUCAUAGAGCCUGAUAAAUCGUAUGCUAAUCUAUGGGUUUGCAGCAUGCAUGAUGUUGUGCGCUCAUUUGCUCAGUAUAUGACUAAAGAUGAAGCACUCAUGGCUAAAGAUGGAGAUAAUGAUAUUCUUGCUGAACUUAGUUCACAAAACUUUCUGCGGUUGUCCAUAGAAACUGACCAAUCACAAUCAGGUGAACUUGAUUGGAAAUCUCUACAGGCACAACAAUCAGUGAGAACAUUGAUCUCAACUAUCCAGAUUAAGAUGAUGCCUGGUGAUUCAUUGGUUAAUUUUUCUAGUUUGCGGACUCUGCAUAUAGAAUCUGCAGAUAUGGCUGUGCUGCUUGAAUCGUUGCAUCUGCUCAAGCACCUGAGAUAUCUAACACUAGUAAAUGCUGGUAUAUCUGUACUUCCAGAAAACAUUGGCAAGAUGAAACUAUUACAAUUCCUUGACCUUGGUGGAUGUACAAAAUUGGUGAAUCUUCCUGACAGCAUUGUGAAGCUUGGCCAACUGAGGUUACUUUCACUUCCCCAAGCAAGUAUGGUACCUAGAGGGUUUAGUGGUCUGACAAAUAUGAGGAUACUAGAUAAGUUUCGAGCCCACAUGGAUGGUGAUUGGUGCAGUUUGGACGAGUUGGGGCCUCUUUCCCAACUCAGGUUUCUUGAAUUAGUUCAAUUGGAGAAUGUAUCUGCUGCCUCGUUUGCUGCUAAUGCUAGGCUCGGCGAGAAGAUGCAUCUUAUCAGUCUAAUCAUGUACUGCACCAGUAAACUGGGAGAUGAUGGGUUGGUCAAAGAGAAGGAAGGUGUCUCUGAGGAAGAGCAGCAACGAAUUGAGAAGGUUCUUGAUAAGCUCUGCCCUCCACCUGGUGUAGAAGAUCUUCAUAUCAGUGGGUAUUUUGGCCGGCAACUCCUGAGCUGGAUGAUGUCCACAUCAAUGGUGCCCCUCAACAACUUGAAGACUAUAUUGUUUUAUGAUCUGGCUUGUUGCACACAACUUCCUAAUGGGUUGUGCCAGCUCCCCAGUCUACAGGUUCUACAGGUCUGUCGUGCUCCAUGCAUCAAACAUGUUGGGACUGGAUUUUUGCAGGCGGCAGCAGCUUCAUUUCCAAGGUUAAAUGUAUUGAAGUUGUUCGACAUGGUGGAAUGGGAGGAGUGGGAGUGGGAGGAGCAAGUACAAGCGAUGCCCCGUUUGGAGGAGCUUGUGCUCUGUGAUUGCAAACUGAGGCAUUUUCCUCUAGGCCUUGCCUCCAAUGCAAGCUCUUUGAAAAUAUUAGGUCUACAACAUGUCAAGCAGCUCAGCUACAUUGAGAGCUUUCCUUCUGUUGUUGAUCUUACAGUGAUUGAUUGCCCCGACCUGGAGAGGAUCACCAGUCUCCCCAAUCUGCAGAAGCUUGCCAUCGCCAAGUGGCCAAAGUUGAAGGUGUUGGAGCGUAUCGCUUCUCUCGAGAGUCUGGGCUUGGAGGAUUACACCAUGGAAGAACUUCCAGAAUACAUGCGAGACAUAAAGGCAAGGCAUCUGCAGUUAUUCUGCAGGCUAUUGUUGCUCUCUGCGAUAGCAGCGGGACAAUCUGGCACCGAGUGGGACAAGUUCAGCCAAGUGGAGCAUGUCAAGGCAUAUGCACGUGAUGGAGACAACCAAAGAAAAUGGUACGUUUUGUGCACGAGAGGAGACAACUGCAAGUUGGAUUCAAAUAUCAGCAGCUCUACCGUAUUUGAAGAAACCUUAUCAUCUUCUAUUGUGGAUGCACAAGGAUUUGACUCUCUGUACAAAAUGCAGAAACCUUAUCGUCCAGUUCGGAAGGUUGAUGAGCUCUUUCCGCCAUAGGCAUGGAGUCUUCAGAGCAGAACCCAGCCGAGUCUCCCCUUCUCCGGUAGGGUGGUCAAACGGGAGGUCCUCAAAUCCCUCCGUUAUUUCAUCCACCAUCACCUUAGCAUAUCCUUCUGGAAUCGGCUGGCAGUGAAAAGGUGCGCCGGGUUCAUUAGGAUAAACAGAGCCAACAGCCGCCUUGACCUUCAUAUUCAUCCACUGCGUCAUAAGGUGGCAAUUUUGAGCCUCCGUGAUAGCAUCCACGGGAUAGCUGGCAGGAGCCGUCAAGACAAGCUCUGGCUGAAGCAGCACGGUGGAAGCCACGCUGCUUCUCCGCUGAGAUGGCGGGGUAGCUUCAGGGGAAGCUUCGGCAAUUCGGUUGCUGC